CCACCAGACCGGUCACAUGACUAGAGUCAUAUGAGAGAGGGGGAAGUUGCUGGAGAGACAUAUAGAGAAGGAAGUGAAGGAGGCUGUUUGUGAUCUGCAGAGAGGAAAGGAUGCGUCCUCUCCUGCUGUGUGCUGUGCUCCUGGGAGCUCUCUUAGUAGAUUCUGCACCCUCUGAUGAUGAGAUUAAAUACUUGCCGGGGCUGAGAAAGCAACCAUCUUUCCGUCAGUUCUCAGGCUACCUGGAUGUUCCUGGGGGAAAACAUCUCCACUACUGGUUUGUAGAAUCUCAGAAGAACCCAAGUUCCAGUCCUCUGGUCCUGUGGCUGAAUGGAGGUCCCGGCUGUAGCUCUCUGGAUGGCUUGUUGACAGAACAUGGCCCUUUUCUGAUCCAGCCAGAUGGAAUGUCGCUGGAAUACAAUGACUAUUCCUGGAACAAGAUUGCGAAUGUUCUGUACCUCGAGGCUCCAGCUGGCGUGGGCUUCUCCUACUCCGAUGACCAAAAUUAUAAGACAAAUGACACAGAGGUUGCACAUAACAACUAUUUGGCUUUGAAGCAAUUUUACACCCUUUUCCCAGAAUACAGCAAAAGCGAUCUUUACAUCACAGGUGAAAGUUAUGGUGGUGUGUACGUUCCAUCACUGGCUGUUGAAGUGUCACAAGAUUCCACUAUAAACCUCAAGGGAAUCGCUGUUGGCAAUGGAUUAAGUAGUUAUGAAAUUAAUGACAAUUCGCUGAUCUACUUUGCUUAUUACCAUGGAAUAUUGGGUAGCAACCUUUGGGAGGAGCUGCAGAAAUUCUGUUGCCAGGGAGGGAAGUGUCAGUUCUACAAUAGCGCAGAUACAGACUGCUCCCUGCGGGUCCAAGAAGCCAUGCAUGAUGUAUACAGCACAGGGCUGAACAUUUACAAUCUGUAUGAGGAAUGUGCUGGAGGAGCCCCUGGCGAUGUCCGGGAUGAGGGCGAUCACAUUGCUGUGACUUUCCCAGGGAUGCUGUCACCAAAGAUGCAUGCUCACUUCAGCAAGAAGUUGCUUUUUAUAUCUGGCCUCAAUAAACCUGUGAGCUUGGACCCUCCCUGUAUGAACAGUACAGCUUCCAGCACCUUCUUGAAUGACCAAUAUGUGAGGAAGGCAUUGCAUAUAUCUCCUAAUGUCAAUAAAUGGGAGGUCUGCAGCUUUGAUGUUUACCGAGACUAUGGUCGGGUAUAUGAGAGCAUGAAGGAGCACUACUUGAAGCUGCUUGGCGUUAUGAAAUACAGAAUCCUGGUCUAUAAUGGAGAUGUAGACAUGGCCUGCAACUUCUUGGGUGACCAGUGGUUUGUUGAUUCCCUACAACAGAAGUUGCUGGUACAGCGCCGCCCGUGGCUUAUCAAUGAUGGAGCCCAGCAGCAAAUUGGUGGAUUUGUAAAGGAAUUUUCCAACCUGACCUUCCUUACAAUAAAGGGAGCUGGACAUAUGGUACCGACUGACAAGCCCAGCCCGGCCUUUAUCGUGUUCAGUCGUUACAUCAACAAUGAGCCUUUUUAAAUCUGAAUGGGAUAUCUUCUUCUUCUCUGCAAUAUUUAGCAACUGAGCGCCACAAACAUCAGGACUGAUUUGACUGUUCUUUUAAAGUCUGCUCUACUAUAAAGCCCCAAUCAGUGGGUUUGUUUGAUUUCUUUUUCUGUGCUGUUAAUGUAUCGGUUUGUAUUUGCAAUACUAUGAUUGCUGGCACAUGCAUGUCCCCCUAAUCCGCACAGUGCAACUUUCUUUUUUUAUUGCAUGUGUUUUUUGGGGAGAUUCACCCUAUUUUUGUUCUGAUUACUAUUUCCAUUGGGACAAAAGUUGUGUAAAUCAAACAUUUUACAGUAACCGAUCAGAAGAUGACGGGGAAGUCUUCCAGUAGUGACACUCGGCGUAGGAUGGAAAUGGGGAAAUCUCUCAUAUAUGCCACAACCGCACCCCCCCCCCCCCAAAAAAAAAAACCUGAUUGGAGUUUAAUCAUUCCUUACUCUGUUCAAAACAAAAAAAAGAAAAGGUUUUGAAUUGAGAUGCACAUACACCUCACCCCUAUUUAUGUGAUGAUCUCAGGGUGUUUCUAGAUAUAGCACUGUAGACUAACUUCUACCUACUGCUCUUUAAAAUGUUGCGUGGAUCUUAUAAGAGCGGUUGCAGCAGUUGGCCACUUCCUUCUUUUUUUUUUUUUUGCAUUUUUGUCAGAUGAGCUGCUAGAAACAAACCUUAUUUGACCUUUAAGUGUUACCCAAGUUUAAUGUUGGUUAAAUUAACCCUUUCAGGGUAAAAACACAGAAUUGUGCCCUGCAAGAGAAGAGUUUAUUACUAUUUUUUUUUUUUUUAGUGGCCUAUCCUCCCCUCUCUGUUCUGCUCUCCCUGGAAGUUCUUGAUGCCUGUGUCACCCGCCGUGUGCUAGUACCUU